CGGAAUCCGCCGGAACUGCAGGCGUUCCGAAUCGGGGGCUCGCGGGAAUCCACCUCUCCUGACUCCCUCACGGGGAGGGGAUUUUUGUGUUUAAUUUUCGGAGGAAGUAUGAAGAGUACGGCGUAGGAUUGAGGAGGGUCUGGGACACUGCUCGAUGCCCGAGACCCGAUAAAACACGGAGCGUCCAGUGUCGCUAUGUCGGUACCCUCUCCAGCUUUCCCCGAGCCGCAGCUGAUUCACGACAUUUUUCCCUCAAAGAUUACGAUUUGGAAAAUUUUCAGCGCCGGAGGAAAAUUAGGACUCUAGGACCCACGUAAAUUCUGGAUCUCCAAGAAGAAUUAGGGAAUCUCGAAAAGUGUCACUCCGCGGUUCAGGAUCGUCUCACACACAUGCUCACGACGAUCUCAGAGCUCCUCAUCCGCCUUAGAGUCGCGCUGUAACGAGUGGCGAGCAAGAGUCUGUUCGGAAGCACCCGGACGAUGGGGAAAGCCCAUGAUCGCUCUCACUCUCUGCUUAUUCGGCGGUAGACGCCUCGCUCAUUCUGUUGUGACAGAACGUCCUGACCUCAGCUCGGUUUCCUCCGCACUACGCGUCAUGGUGCUCCGUUUCUUGUCGGGCAGUGCCGCCAUGGACAUCAACGAACUCCUGUUGGCCUGUCGCCGGGGUGAUCUUGAGAAAGUUCGUUAUCUUGUUGAGAAGAAAGAAGUUCCCCUGUGCAUCCGAGAUAAAUGGGACUCCACACCGUUAUACUACGCGUGUUACUGCGGUCAUAAGGAAAUUGUGCAAUAUCUUUUAGCCAACGGCGCGAAAUGUGAAGCCAACACAUUCGAUGGCGAACGCUGCAUAUACGGAGCUCUGACCGACGAGAUACGCAACCUGCUACGCAGUUUCAAAGUGGUCACCUCUCGGAUCAUGAGGAGGCACACCUACGACGAAUUCCUCCGUAAAAUGUACGAGACGGUUGAAUUCACGGAUGUGCUUGUUACUACCCGAGAUGGUAAAUCUCGCCGUUGCCACAAAUGUAUCUUGGCAGCGCGAUCGGAGUAUUUCAGAAAGGUAUUCUCCCAAGAUCCGAAUUUGCGAGAGGUAAGGUUAGAUUUCCAAUCUUCGGAGUUGUUCGAAAGCCUCAAAGAAUACAUGUAUACGGGAACGAUGAGGAUGUUACUCGAGGAAGACAAAGUGUUAGAGGUCCAGAAAAUGGCGGAACAGUUCCUCUUGACGAGUUUCAUCGACAAGCUCCUCGAUGAACUGGAUAAAUACGAAUGUGAAAGAUCUCGUUACAUUAAGCAAGUGCACCAUAUCAUCAUCGAGCCGGAAUUAGACAGCGCCGAACUAAGUGAAUCGUUCGGGAAGUUGGCAGAUGAAUAUCUCCGCAAGGAUCUCAUAGAACUGCCCUUCGGGUCCACGAAGGCACGCUCGAUCAUGUACGCCGACGUAUGCUUUCAAGUCGAGGGCACACGCUUCUUCGCGCAUCGGCUUUUCUACUGCCAACGAUCGGAAUACUUCUCGGCGCAUCUCCGAGAUCACUUUAGAGAAGCUGCCACUGUCAACGGCGAUAUCCCCCUGAUCAGCUUGAGCGAUAUUACGGCUGACGUUUUCUCGUGUAUCCACGAGUUCAUCUACAAGGACUAUACCGAAAACUUGACGGCAACUAACGUAUUUGAUGUGCUCUUCGCUGCCGAUAUGUUUCUCCUGAAUGGACUGAAACGUUAUUGCGGCAAUUAUGUCGGCGAGAGAAUAGACACCGAUAACGCGGUCUCACUGCUGAAGAAUGCGCGCAUGUUCGAACUAGCCCGUCUGGAAGAUCAAUGCGUCGCCUUCAUUUCUAACCGUCUCGAACACUUCGUCGAUGACGUCGAGUUCCAUGAGCUAGUGAUCGAGGACGCGAAACAGGUCAAGGAGCGCCAAGAGACGGAUUCGAUCGCAAUAAUUGACGAUAUUCGAUAUCAUAUCAGCGCUAACGUGCAGACAUUUGCGGAAAUCGAGGAUGCCAACGAAAAACUUUUCCUCAUCGACCAAUUCCUAUUUCGAUUGAAUCUUGAAGCUUGAGACUCAGGGACAUCGGCAGACGCAGGGAAAAGGAGCGCGUACCUCGCGAGUCUAUAUCAAAGAGUGCUGCCGGGAGAACCUGGCUGCUCUUACUUUAUACCUCAUCGCAAGCACGCCUCCAUGUUUUGAGUCAUUUUCCAAUACGACGCACCCGGCCCACUUAUCCACUAUUGGCCGCCAUAGUGUUGGCGGGGGACCCCUUUCACGGAAGCUGAGUCGAAACCUUGAGCAAAGGGCCGCUCCUUACUCUGACGUCGAUUCCAUAUCUUUGCAGAUCUAAUGAGGAGCUUUGUGUCAUUAAGUUUUCCCUUGUUAGUCCAGCGGCUACAGCCUAUGUUUAUGAAUGUGAUAUUUACGCGGGAGCUAGGGACCUAGGCUAGUUUUUUGAGGGUAUCCGAUAUCUGGGACUGUUUAAGUGGGGCAGAACCGGACGAAGAUAUUAAUACGGCGUUGAGAUAACUCGAGCCUUGAAAACAGGCUGA